AGGAACAGCGGUGUCGCGCGCGCAGCUCUCGGACGGAGCGGAACGCGUGCACAGAAAUAACAAACAAACAAACAAACAAACAGAGAAACAGAGAGAAAAACAGAGAGUUCUGAGGAACGGAGGAGCGCAGGAACCUGACUUAAUAAAGGAGAACGGAGAACUUGCGCGGUUUAAACGGAGGAACACUAAAAACCACAAAAACAAGCUGCAAACAGGAGAAAAGAAGAAAAGGCUCGCGUAGAAGAAAAAAGGGGGUUUUCGCUUCUGCACGCGCCUGUUUUUCUUCUUUUUCUUUCUUUUUUCGUGCAUUUUUUUACCCACCCCGAGGAUCCGUUCCUGCGCUCGUGCAUGUGCAGGUCUGGGAGCUGAAGGGGUGUGCGGUAAGAGCACGCGGGACGGGAGGCAUGGCUGGGGGACGGAGGCUCGCGACAGCGGCGACAGCAGCAGCGGCGUGCAUGCAUCUGCAUCUGCUCCUGCACUGCCUAUGGAUACAGAGCUCUAGCGCAUCCGGCCAGUUCGAGCUGCAGCUGCUGUCCGUGCAGAACCCACGUGGAGAGCUGCAGAGCGGCGUGUGCUGUGACGGCUCACGCGACCCUGCCACUGAGGAGUGCACGCGGGACGAGUGCGACACGUACGUACGCGUGUGCCUGAAGGAGUACCAGUCGCGCGUGUCUGUGGGAGGGCCGUGCAGCUUCGGCAGUGGAUCCACGCCUGUGUUGGGGGGGAACACGGUGGCGCGAGAGGUUCUGGUUGGCGAGAGCCGCGCUCGCGUUGUUCUGCCCUUCAGCUUCGCCUGGCCGAGGUCGUACACAUUGAUCCUGGAGGCCAUGGACUUCAACAAUGACUCCAGCACUGGCAGUACGAGUGGUCAGCUGAUUGAGAAGGCGGUUCAGUCCGGCAUGAUUAACCCGAACCGUCACUGGCAGAUUCUGAGGCAUAACGGCCCUGUCGCUCAGUUCACGUAUCAGAUUCGCGUGAGCUGCGACGAGCACUACUACGGCGUCGGCUGCAACAAGUUCUGCCGACCCAGAGACGACUUCUUCGGCCACUACACCUGCGACCACAACGGAAACAAGACCUGCAUGGAGGGCUGGGCCAGUCCUGAGUGCAACACUGCGAUGUGUAGGCAGGGCUGCAGUGCUGAGCAUGGGUCCUGUAAGGUGCCGGGAGACUGCAAGUGUCUGUACGGCUGGCAGGGGGAGUUCUGUGAUCAGUGUAUUCCUCACCCGGGCUGUGUGCACGGGACCUGUGUGGAGCCCUGGCAGUGCCUGUGUGACACUAACUGGGGAGGACAGCUCUGUGAUAAAGACCUGAACACCUGUGGCACGCGGCAGCCCUGUCUGAAUGGAGGAACCUGCAGUAACACAGGACCAGACAAGUACCACUGCGCCUGUCCUGAGGGCUACUCCGGCCAGAACUGCGAGAGAGCGGAUAACGCCUGUCUGUCGGAGCCGUGUUUUAACGGGGGGAGCUGUGUGGAGAGCAGUCAGGGGUUCGAGUGCCGCUGCUCUCCAGGCUGGACCGGACCCUCCUGCACCAUCAAUGAAGACGACUGCAGUCCGAACCCCUGUAAUCACGCCGGUACCUGUGUGGAUCUCAUCAACGGCUUCAGGUGCCUCUGCCCCUCACAGUGGAGCGGCAAAACCUGCCUGAUCGAUGCUAAUGAGUGUGAUGAGAACCCGUGCGUGAAUGCCCACUCCUGCCGUAACCUGAUUGGUGGAUACUUCUGCGAGUGCCUCCCUGGUUGGACGGGACAGAACUGUGACAUCAAUGUUAACGACUGUCAGGGACAGUGUCUGAACGGAGGAUCUUGUAAGGACCUUGUGAACGGCUAUAAGUGUGUGUGUGCUCCGGGUUUCGCGGGCGAGCACUGCGAGAGAGAUAUCGACGAGUGCGCCAGCCACCCCUGCCUCAACAGGGGGCGGUGCCAGGAUGAUGUCAAUGGAUUUCAGUGCCUCUGUCUGCCUGGUUUCUCAGGAAACCUGUGCCAGCUGGAUAUUGAUUACUGUGUAGGAAACCCCUGUCAGAACGGCGCUCAGUGUUUAAACCUGGCGAAUGAUUAUUACUGUAAAUGUCCGGAUGAUUAUGAGGGUAAAAACUGCUCCCACCUCAAAGACCACUGCCGGACCACGCCCUGCCAAGUGAUUGACAGCUGCACGGUUGCCGUGGUAUCAAACAGCAGCGCAGGCAGCGUGCGGUUUAUCUCCUCUAACGUGUGCGGACCUCACGGACGCUGCCGCAGCCACGCCGGCGGACACUUCAGCUGCGAGUGUGACGAGGGAUUCACCGGCACCUACUGUCACGAGAAUAUAAAUGAUUGUGAGAGCAGUCCGUGUGGUAAUGGAGGGACGUGUAUUGAUAAAGUGAAUGUGUAUCAGUGUAUCUGCGCUGACGGCUGGGAGGGACCAAACUGUGAAACCAAUAUAGACGACUGCAGCACUAACCCGUGCCGGGACCGCGGCGUGUGUCGAGACCUGGUGAACGACUUUUACUGCGAGUGCAAGAACGGCUGGAAGGGAAAGACCUGUCACUCACGUGAGAGUCAGUGUGAUGAGGCCACCUGUAAUAACGGAGGGACGUGCAGCGAUGAGGGGAACUCCUUUAAGUGCAUGUGCACACCUGGGUGGGAGGGGACCACCUGUAAUAUAGCGAAGAACAGCAGCUGUCUUCCCAGUCCGUGUGAGAACGGAGGCACCUGUGUGGUCAGCGGAGACGGCUUCACCUGUGUGUGUAAAGAGGGCUGGGAGGGUCUGACCUGCAGCCAGAACUCGAAUGACUGCAACCCACACCCAUGCUACAACAGUGGGACCUGUGUGGACGGAGAUAACUGGUACCGGUGUGAGUGCGCCGCGGGCUUCGCCGGACCCGACUGCCGCAUCAAUAUUAACGAGUGUCAGUCGUCUCCGUGUGCGUUCGGCUCCACCUGCAUCGACGAGAUCAACGGCUACCGCUGCUUGUGUCCGCCGGGGAGAACCGGGGCCAGGUGCCAGGAAGUAACGGGACGUCCCUGUAUGGUGGGGGGUCGGAUGGUGGCUGAUGGGUCGAGGUGGGAGGAGGACUGUAACUCCUGCUACUGUCAGAACGGCCGAACGUCCUGCACCAAGCUGUGGUGCGGUCCGAGGUCCUGCCGGGUGGUCGGAGGGGGGCGGGGCGACUGUCCCGCGGGUCAGUCCUGCGUCCCGCUGCGGGAGGAGCACUGCUUCGUCAAGCCGUGUCCCGUGCAGGGCGAGUGCCGAUCGGGUCAAAGGUCACCGGUCCGGAACCAGUGUCACCCGGAGAGCAACUGCGCCAACGUCACCUUUACCUUCAUCAAGGACAGCAUGCCUCAGGGUGUAACGGUGGAGCAGGUGUGUCGGGAGUUACGGAGUCUCUCUGUGGUGAAGAACCUCUCCUCCGAGUUCUUCAUCUCCAUAACCUGCGAGCCGUCCACCACCUCCAGCAACGAGAUCCACGUCACCAUCGUGUCUGAUGACGGCGUGGGCAGCGAUGCUGCGGUUAAAGAAAUCACGGACUGGAUCGUGGACCUGGUGAGCAAACGCAGCGCCAACGGCACCAUCCUCACCGCCAUCGCCGAGGUCCGAGUGCAGCGCCGGCAGAACAGCAGCCAAAACGAUUACCUGGUGCCGGUUCUGGUGUCCGUGGUGACGGUGAUCUGGGUAAUGGCGCUGGUGUCGGUGCUGCUGUGGUGCGUGCGGCGGCGACGCAAGCAGAACGCCAGCGCCACGGCAACUGGCCACGCCUCCCAGUCGACGCCGGCGAGCGCCGAGGAGAACAACGCGGUGAACAACGCCCGGGAGCACCUGAACCAGAUCAAGAACCACAUCGAGAAGAACCAGGCGUCCAACGGCAACGACGGCAAGCUGCACGGUGACGACAAGAACUCGGUCAGCGCCAAAAUCAGGACGCACUUUACUUCGGAGCCGAGCGCCGGCCAAUCGGACGAGGACGCGGACACGGACAAGCGGCUCCACAAGGCCCGGUUCCCACGGCAACCGGCGUACACCCUGGUGGACCGGGAGGAACGGCCGUGUUUGAACGGGAACGCCGGGAAGCACUGGAGUAACAAGCGCGACAACAGAGACCUGGAACAGUCUCAGAACAGUUUACACAGAAUGGAGUAUAUCGUAUAGCGACCGCUGGCAAAAACAACUGACACCGGUUGGAUAACGAUGUGCUGCUGCUGUCGCUGACACCAUGGAAACAACCGCGCAAUGAUAGGAUCAAGCGGAAAGGUGACGGACAGACAGAAAAGAAAAAAACGAGAGAAAGAGAGCCGAGUUCACUCCUGAGUUAUUAACCGAAAAACGAAAAGCUUCGCACUUCGUACGCAAAAACGAAACGGAACAAAAAAAAAGAUUCCGAAGAAUAAAACGAAAAAAAUCCUGCAACCAAAACCCACGUUAAAGACGCGCUGGCUGAUUCGGUGACGUCGUCACGGGGGGCUGGUGUUCCAAGUGGACAAAGACUCCGAGACUCGGCGACACAAUGGACGUUUCGUUUCUAGGGGGCGGGUUUAGGAGGAAAGAAUAAAAGCCCUUUUAUAAAACAAUGGCGCCACCCUGGUGUCUCCUUUGUUUUCCCGUAGUGACGAAUUAUUAGCGAUAAACGAUCCCCGGUAUCGGCAGCGUCACCGCGCCGUGGACAAAUUUAAACCGCGUCCAGUCGAGUGACGGAGGGCACGUGGCUUUGCACUCUCAGCUUCUUCUCCUCUCAGUGUUUUCCUGAGAUCAGCUCACAGGGACCUGAAGUUUAGACCUGAGCUCAACAUCGUCUGAGCUCAACGUGUUCAAACCGUUGAAAAAAGCUGAUCUGAGACCAGCUCGGCUGGUUCUGUUUUAAUGGUUAAUAUUAUGGUUUGGGUUUGAUGGGCUGGUUAUAGAACUGUGCGACAGGUAAACAGGUUAACUCUGUUAAACGAGUCCCUAGUUAGAGAAUGAAUACCACAACAACCACCUAAACUUUAUUACUAUUAUUUAUUAGCAAUUUUUUAAAUAUUCUUCUUUUUCAGUUUUUUUUUUAUAUAUAUUUUGUUUGAUUUUUUUUUUUUUUUUAGCUUUAUUUUUCUGCCUUGUUUUAUUUUAUUUUAUUUUUAUUCUUUUUUAGUUUUUCCAGAUUGUUCAGUUUUAUUUUUAGUUUUGUUCUGUUUGCAGGUGGGCAGGUCGAACCUAUUUCAGCAUUCUCUCUUGCAAUAUGAAGAAUUAUUUUGUGGACGUAGAAAUCGGCGGUGUUUUGUAGAUUCUGUAUGUACAUAUUUUUUAAUUAAUCACUGUGUAUAUUUGAUUUAUUAAAUUAAUAAUCAAGAGCCUAUCAUUCCUUUUUUCUUUUUUAUUUAUGUGCUUUGUAUAGAUUCGAAGGUUUGACAGCUUUGUAAGCUUUCUACUUCUUUAUUUUUUUGGAGAAAAUAUUGUUUCACGUUUUCGUAAAAAAAAAAAAAAAAAAGCCAAAAGUGUUGUUUGAGAGAAUAGUUUUAUUUUUGAACUGUAUGAUGGUGAUGAUGGGUGUCGUUUUUCAUGCCUGAAUGCGAAAGCGUUGUUCCGAGUUUUGUAACCAGGUUUGGUUUGAUGUUUGUUAGGAUUAUUUUUGUAUUGAACUAAAAAAAAAACUGAUGGAGGAGAAAAUGACGAUUUCUCUGAACAAAAAAAUCACUUUUCUACAAAGACAAACAGAACUGAGACCCUGUUUACACCUGGUCACUUCAUGUGAAUAGAAUCUGGAUUGUAUCCUGAUUAGAUUUGAACCGUUCGCGUUUACACUUGGUAGUUAAAAGCAUCUCAGUUUAAUCAGACUGAAAUCCAAUUGCUGUGUAGAAUAUAAUUCUUCAUUUAAAUGCGUCUCAGACCAUCUUCUAAUAAAGUGGUUUGAGUGAUUGGAUCUGUAUCUGUUUUAAAUGUGUCUCAGACCAUCUCCUGAAGUGGUUUUAGUGAUCGAAUUUGUACCUUUUUUUAAUUUAGUCUCAGACCAUCUUCGAAAGUGAACAGUUUGAAUGAUCAGAUCUGUAUCUGUUUCAAAUGCGUCUCAGACCACCUCCUGAAAUGGUUUUAUGAUCAGAUUUAGAUUUGUGUUUAGUGAGUUUCAGACCACCUCCUAAAGUGAUCAGUUUAAGUGAUCAGAUUUGGAUUUGUUUUAAAUUAGUCUUAGACCACUUCCUGAACUGGUUUGAGUGAUCAGAUCUGUAUCUGUUUUAAAUGCGUCUCAGACCACCUCCUGAAAUGGUUUAAAUGAUCAGAUCUGAAUCUGAUUUAAAUUCAUUUCAGACCAUCUCCUAAAAUGGUUUGAUUGAUAGGAUCUGUAUCUGUUUUUAAUUAGUCUCAGACCAACUUCUAAAGUGAUUUGAUUGAUCGGAUCUGAAUCUGUUUUAAAUUUGUCUGAGACCAUCUCCUGAAGUGAACAGUUUGAGUAAUGGCAUUUGUAAUUGUUUUAAGUGCGUCUCAGACCAACUCCUAAAGUGGUUUGAGUGAUCAGAUUUGUAUCUGUUUUAAAUGAGUCUCAAAUCACUUCCUGAAGUAGUUAAAGUGAUCAGAUCUGAAUCUGAUUUAAAUUCAUUUCAGACCAUCUCCUAAAGUGGUUUGAUUGAUAGGAUCUGUAUCUGUUUUUAAUUAGUCUCAGACCAACUUCUAAAGUGAUUUGAUUGAUCGGAUCUGAAUCUGUUUUAAAUUUGUCUGAGACCAUCUCCUGAAGUGAACAGUUUGAAUGAUCAGAUCUGUAUCUGUUUUACAUUUGUCUUAGACCAACUUCUGAAGUGGUUUGAUUGAUCGAAUCUAAAUCUGGUUUAAAUGUGUUUUAAGUGUGUUUACACUUGUAUUUUAAGUGGUUUGGUCUUAUCCAGGUUUAAUCCAGAAAUUCGAGAUGCAUAAAGUGACCAGGUGUGAACAGAGUUUAAGACUUUCUGGAAUGGUGUAGUUUUUGUACACUUAAAAUAAAGGUACUUCAUUCAAAUGGCUCUAUGAACAUGGUUCUAGAACCUUUUGAAGUAUCUUUAUCUAUAUCUAGAACGUUCUGUCACCACUUUAUUUCUAUUGUGAUGAAUUACAGUAAGUUCCCAUAGCAGUAUUGUUUAGUGAUGAGCAGAUAGAGCCCGUAGCCUCCGGUUCUGGUGAACAGAUGACUGACGGAUGAGCGUGAGAUGAGCAAAAACGAUGAUAAUAAGACGAUUUUCUCUUUUCUGGAAAAGGGAAAUUCUUGCGUAGUUCUUUCCUAAUUCAGAUCAUCAUGAUUAUCUAGAGUUUAUCCAGAUUUCAGGAGAUAAUGAAGAGAGAACGGCAGGUCCUGACCACACGCUCUGAUACUCGCACCGUUAUUUUAGGCCUCUCUGAUUUAUAAAGAGUAAAUUUCAGAUCCACUCUAGUGUUAAAUUUAGGCCAGAACUUGAGAAUGUUUUGUGUUUCUUGAUUUUUUUUUAAAUGAUGUCGCUCCUGGCAAUGAGUCGUGUCUGUUUUUUUGUUUAUUGUUUAUUUGUGUUGUUGGAAAGUAAUAUUUAUUAAAGACUUUGUAAGAAAUAAUA